CUCACAUUUGACACCUUCCCCGAAAACAUCCAUGGCGCAUCCACACCAAUCCACAGCGUUGCCGCGCCGAUGUGUUGUCUGCAAAGGCAUGGACGCAAUCGUUUUGCUUGAGUCGUGCGGCCACGCAUUCCACUCGCGGUGCAUCUUCGACUGGCCGGUGCUCGCGUGCGAAGUGUGCCAUACACCGAGCGACUCCAUCGCGCUUGUUGGACGAUGCCGAUCAACCACGAACCCAUCAUCACCCACGUCGUCCAGCACUUCGUCGCCGAUGAGCACUCGCCGCAACUGGGGCGAUGCCGAGCAUGAAUACUGCUUGCUCCUCAUGGAGCUGUUCAAGGAAGGAUGCCUUCCGUUGAAGCAGGGCAUGCACCUCCGCCAGACUCUCGCGAUGCUCCUGAACUGCAACCCCAUGCGCAUCACGAAGAAGUUUAAACAACAGGACACCCUCGGCAAGCAAACGUAUGUGUACCACCCGACGCCGAACGGCGCCAACUACAAGCGCCACGUCCAGCGUCAGAAGCAAAUUACGACACUACGCGACGCGUUUUAUUGGCAACUCAAGUUGCACAGCGGACAACCGAUGGAAGCGAUGCGUGAAGCGGAGACCGAAUUUUGGAUCAAACACCUGGUGGGGUUUGGUGCGAUGAUAGGGCAGGCGAUGUCUUCUACAAUCGUUGUCCCCUCUACGCCACCCACGCCAACCCCAAUGCACUGGGAGCAGCAACCGCACGAGACCGCCAUGGACGUCGGUAGCGCCAUGACGAUCGACUGCACAAUUGGCCUGUACGAGCCAUGCAUGAGUCAAAUGGAAUGGGAGGUCGUCGAAGAAUUGAAGGCUCAAGACGUGGACCCGUUGCCCUGGUCUGGACACAGUUUGCACGACGAGUUUGGCGACUCCAACGACAUCACGAUGGGGAGCUUUUUCAUGGACAGAAUCACGGUCGACGACUCGAUCUGGCAGUGUUAGCAUUCAGUAUUUAUUCCUUAAGCAUAUUUGUGUUCCUUUCAGCAUACUGCAUGAGUUGACCACGAUCCAAGCUCACGCAGCCAGCCAGAAAACUUG